AUGAAGAGACUGAGAAAGCGAGCCAGAGAACAACGCGGAGAUGAAGAGGAAAAGCUAAGGGAGGCUGCCGAAGAGCUCAACAAAAACCCAGUGGAAGGAUUUUCAGCUGGCUUAAUAGAUGACAAUGACCUGUACAGAUGGGAAGUCCUCAUUAUUGGCCCCCCAGACACACUGUAUGAAGGGGGUGUUUUCAAAGCUCAUCUCACCUUCCCAAAAGACUAUCCCCUCAGACCACCAAAAAUGAAAUUCAUCACAGAAAUAUGGCACCCAAACGUUGACAAAAAUGGUGACGUGUGCAUCUCCAUCCUGCACGAACCCGGGGAGGACAAAUACGGCUACGAAAAGCCAGAAGAGCGCUGGCUCCCCAUCCACACGGUGGAGACCAUCAUGAUCAGCGUCAUUUCCAUGCUGGCAGAUCCCAAUGGAGACUCACCCGCUAAUGUGGAUGCAGCCAAAGAAUGGAGGGAAGACCGGAACGGAGAAUUCAAAAGGAAAGUUGCCCGCUGUGUAAGGAAAAGCCAAGAGACUGCUUUUGAGUGACAUCGAGGUAGCAGCUCGUAGCUUCACUUUUUCAGGGUCUCCACUUGGGAAACAUGGCACUCUCCCCACCUAAGCUGGACUUCUGUCGUAACGAGUUGGCAAACACUGGCUGGAACUGGGCUGCAAUAACACCCGCCGGUUCUCGCUGCUGACCAGAAGCCUACCAAGUGCCAACUUAGAGAUGAUGACGCAUUUUGAAUUCUAAUGAACUGCUUUAACCUUCAGGAAGAAUUGUAAAGACGUGUACAUAGCACAACGUGACCGGCCCGGAGAAUAUCUAUGCUGUCCAUGUCCACCCCAUCCACGGUGUACCAAAUGAUGCUCUCUCUCGCUCUCUCGCUCUCUCCUCUCCCGCUCUUGUUCUCUCCCUCCCUCCUGUAGGUAGAAUAAGAAUCGUGUACAUUCGAAAGAUUUUAGCAGGUUUUCUUUCCCUCCUCAUUGUUUCUUUAUCAGUUUAAAGAGACUUCUUAAAGCAUGUCAGAUUAAACCAAUUAGGAUUAAACUUGUCCAUUUAAUUUUCCUUUAAACCAUUGAGGCUUCAUUAAACGCUUUCAUUUACUAGACUUUGGUAUUUGCUUUGUUUGGAAACACUCCCCGGGCUCUCGCCCUUCUGCCGGAGCCCGCCCGGAAGCUCUGGCUCAGCAGCGGCCGACUCCAACGAGGACCUGCCAGGGACGGCCAGCCCGCGGUGCUCUCCUCCUCCGUCGCCCAGUCACGCACGUCUCCGAUUGGGUGUAGCAAUAAUCUGUGGCCCUCCGGCUGCCCAGGCCGCUCUCCUGGUCCAAAGUCGGCCGGUCGGAAUUAACCCGAGGUGGUCCGGGGUCCUUUUGUCUGCGUUCUGCCCGACGUUGGCGCUGGACUGUCGGACGAGGCGUGGCCGGCUGCAAGCCUCCGCCGCCGGGGACUUCGGGGUUCGUGAUCGAAGGAGCUGCGCCCCCUCCCUCCCCACUUCCGACACCCGAUGUACAGAGAUUGCCGUGUAUAUUUUCAUGUCGUUUGAGUUUGGGAGUUCUGUCACCCUGUGUAGUGCGAGUUCUUCCAAAAUAUAAUUUUUUCCAAUAAUUGUCCAGUUGUUGACUUUUUCUGUACUGAAUAAAAAUGAACAUGCUGAACCCCAGAGAAGUGCAGUUUAGGGAAAUCUCAGGGCGAUUCCUUAUGCAAACUGAAUACUUGAAACGCCCCCCACGGCCGUGGCAGCGUCUCGAGGCCUCCCCAGUAAAAGUGGGCGUACGGAGCUGGCAUGGUCGGGAGAAGACGCCCCUGGGGGCCUGCGCUUAGCGGCUCCUUCGCCGGGGAGGGGCGAGCGCAGAGACGAAGGACAGAGCCUGAGAAAGCAGCCCGGCCCUUUGGAGCUCACCUGAACCCCGAGGCCGAGGCGUCGCUGGCCACGCGGUGCCCCCUCUCGGGCCGGCGGCCUCUGCGCCCACCCUUGGGGGAGAUGAGGCAACAUCAGAGAUCCAGCCCCGAAUGGGCCCCGGGAGGAAGCCCUCCCGCCAGAGGAGAGGGCCCUCUCCUCUCCGUCAUCCCCGUUGCCAGGCCACCCCAGCAGGUGGGGGCGAGCAGGCCCCUCGCUCGGGGCGCCACAAGUGUCCUCCCCCUGGGGCCUUCGUGCGCAAAGACUUUCAUGUCCAGCGUUGACGGAAGGCUUCUUGGCUUUCGUUGGCCUCCUGACCGAGCCUCGGCCCGAAGGGAAUCGCCCACGGAGUGUUCGGGAUCUCCUGUGGCUCUGUCUGCAGACCAGACUCACCAAGUGGACUAGUGCCUCCUCGUGGCUGCUCGGGGAGUAGGCGAGAGCAGCCGUUUCCCUGCCCCUUGGACCGAGCGAGGGUGGAGGCUAGACCCGGCUGUGCCCCCCGGCGGGGUGCCCUCCCGGGGAGAAGUGUCCGUCCCUUGGUGGCAGGCAGGGCCGUCAUCUGUGCCUUCUUCUCUGCCCUGACCACCGCCCGAGGUGCCUCUCCGUUCUGUGGUGGCAAACGAGGGGGAAGCGUCGGGGCAGCCUGCUCACCCUGGACCUCCCGGUUCUCCAGCUUGGUGCCGACGGCGUGAACGUGAGAAUGACUGUCGGGACUCUGGGUCCCCUCUGCACCGCCUGCCACGUUCUCGGGGGCUCCUCCACGUCGGACCCGAACCUUCGGGGCUGCGGGAGCCCAACGGCCUUAUCCCUUGUGCUUCGGACCCUCGCGUGGGAAGGCCGCCGCGCUCACCCCUGGAGUUGGACUCUGGCUGGGAGCCUUCCCGACGAGGCACCCCUGGGUGCGGGGCCCUCUCUCGGGGCGAUGACAUUGGACUGACUUGUUCAUUCCCACGUUUUUAGUUGUGUGCGUCACCGAUUGUAUCUCUUGCUGUGGUUCUCGUGAUGUUUACUGUACCGUGUGGAGGGGGCGCUCUGUCACUCAAUAAAGGAUGACUUGGAGGCGA